AGUUGCUGAGGGUAUUAGGGUCCCUAGGGGACCUGAUGCUAGUCGCCAUGCUACGUCUGUGGAUCUGGGGUAAUUGAACGGACCACCGAACUUGGAUCGCAGAGUUGACGUCGACCUUCAACCCGGUGAAAGUAGGGCCACGAGGAAAGCUAGUCCGCCAGAGUAGGGCCAGAGGAAUCUGCAGCAUGUGCCCCUCUUAUAAUGCCGGAUGGGCGACUUGAACUGGAUGAGUAAAGGGAAAAACUUUUUUUCUCCUCUUAUCCUUCGAGUACGUAUCGUCUUUUUAUUUGUUCAUUAUUUGUGUAUUAUUGGGGUGGUUUUUCUAGCCCACCUCAGGACUAAGUCACCAUCCUAUCAAUCCGACUUUUGCGGGCGGAAGACAUGGGUCCCCUGCCUAAGUUGGUCUUCUCUUAAUUUCUGUUACAUUCAUGUUCCAAAGCUGCGAGCCCCGCAUCUGGUGAUAUAUUCUUCACCAACAGCCUCGGUAAAUCAUUCCAAAGGGGAAGUAGGUAGGUAUGGAGUGUUUCCAACUCGCUUUAGUUUUUCCCAAGCAUAUCCGCCCUCACUAUAUAAUUUACGCCGGGAUUUUUGCAUCCAGGACACCUUGAGGGUUGAGAUGGCCACUAGUGCGAUGGAAUCAUGGCUCCAGUGUUCAGGAACUCCGUCGAUUCUCCGUAGAUACUGCUUGAUAAGAGAAGGCACUACGGAAUACUCAUUACUAGUUAUCGGUAUGUUAUACUGUAAUGAUAUGGCGCCAUAUGACUGUACUUCAUAUCCUCAGGCCAAUUUAUCGCAACAGCGAUCAGCAAGUUUUCUACGCUAACAACUGCCUAUAAAGAAACAGUACAAUAAAUUCCAAGGAUUGGAAU